AUGUCCACCAAGGAAGACGAACAUGAUCCAGUGGAAACCAACAGAAAGGCUCCCAUCUGCCUGGGAAGUUCAGUUGGCAGUCCACCGACUCCAGAGCUGAUGAGUUACUAUGAUGAGGAAGUCGCCAGACUGCACCAUGCGGAGGACUGCCACGAAACGGGGUGCCUGUGCUCGAGCCGGGAGACCCAUUUUAGCCACGCUGAGUACCAUGAUAAAGAUCUGAUGACUGAGGAUGACAUUUAUUGCUGCUCUUUGUCAAAGACGUUGUGCCAUACCUCCACCCCGGUCACCGUGGGUUUUUAUUCGCCCUGCGGGACUCGCAUCCACUCCCUACUGGACCAGAUUGCAGGAUGCAUGCUCAAAGAAUCAAUCCGAAGGGAAGAAGCUGAAUACCAUAGGACUCACCAGAGGUCCCGAGUCCCCGAAGGAAUGAACUACCUGACCCUCCUCUGGUAUAUCGUCUUCUACCAACCCGUCAUCACUGAGGUGCACCUGCGAAGGAAAACCAUUGAGUUCCUCUUCAUAAGAUUCAGCGCCUGGGAAUAUGCAGGCAGCGACAAAUUGUGGGCAGGGCUGGUCACCACCCUGUGUGACCAUAUCCGCCACCACUUCGGUCCUCUUCCCCUGAGUUUCUACCACGUGGUGGGAAGCCGUCCGCAAUUCGCCUCAGGAUUCACCCAAGAUGAGUGGAGGCUUAAAAAGAAAACGUGUUGCGCCGCAGGAGGCCUUAUUGUGAUUUUGCUAGCUGGCGCAGGCCUGGCUACUACCGCCCUCCUUGUGCCAGGGAUAAGGGACGGCACGGUCUUGAAGUACCUUGGUAGCACUUUUGCCGCCAUUUCGGGCUCAGGCUUCGUCAUCGCCCUCAGUCCUGUGAUUAAGCACUUGAUCAUCAGCCAGAAGAAGAAGAUCGAGAGCAUGACCAGCGAUGAGAAGUUCACCAGCCACCUGGGCUUCAUGAGUGCCGUGAAGAGCGAGAUCGAGGUCCUCACCAGCUUUAUCUACUACAUGGAGAUCUUCGAACGUCGGCGAUUGAGGAUCGUCUUUGAGAUCACCUGCUUGGAUAUGUGCUACCCCGAACGGGUGGUUGGGGUGUUGAACGCCAUCAACACGCUCCUUUCCGACAGGAACGCCCCCUUCAUCUUCAUCCUGGUGGUUGACCCCUGCGUCAUCACUUCUUGCUUGGAGCAAGCCAGCACCAUGAAGGGAAUGGCGGACAACGGCUACCUCUACCUCAACCGCACCGUGACGCUUCCCUUCUCCAUCCCGGAAAUCGGCAUCAAGUCCAAGAUGCGUUGCUUGCACGAGGCCUUCCAGACUCGGGAAGACCUGAUGUACGGCAUCAUCACAAGGAACAUGGAGUUGGGGGUGACCAAGGCUAAAGGGAAGAGUGAAGCUCUGGUGAACUUAGAAGCAGUGCCUCAAGAAGAUCAACCGCAGAUCGAUGCUAUGGCUGUGCAAUACAUCCACGAAGCUUUUCACUGCUUGCAUAACGAACAGGAUUGCCUCUACCAUUACGUCCCCGAUAGCAUUAUCCAGAUGAGGAGGAUCGUCAACACCAUCCCCAUUACGAUCCGGCUGAUGACACAACAGCACCUGUUGAGGCACAGCCUCUGUCCCCGGUCAGUGGCCAGUUGGGUAGUGUUGGCGAACCAGUGGCCGUGCCGGUUGAGUUGGAUUCUCCAACGGAUGGAGGACAAGCUGCAGUGCCAACCACCCAAGGGUUAUGAGAAGGAAUUGAUGUGGGACGUCUUCGUGGAGACCUGCCCUGAGUUGUUCUCCAAGCACAAGGAACUCGAGAACAUCAUGGCCUUGGAUGGCGACCCUGAGCUUUUUGAGAAAUUCUUGUCCGGCGAUUUCCCCUUCACCGUACAAGAAGGGAAGAGAUUCCUGAAGUACACUGUGAAUUUAGACCAUUCCAUAAGAUAUAAGAUGGGACAGCUGCAGGCUCUGGCUACUCUGGAGAACUACAGGAAAGGUGGAACAGAUUCAGAGAAGAGGGCUUAG